AUGCCGAAACAAUCUAUGAGUAUUGAAAAUGCAGGAAAUCAUCGAUGUGAUCUACCUGGCGGACAUUGUACAUUUAAUAAUUAUGCAACCAAAAAAACUUUGGCUAAUAGUAGUUUUGAAAUAGCAUUACUCGUAACAAAUGCUGUUCAAUUAAAAACUCUUCUUGGUCAUAAAACAAAUGAAGAUACACUCUGGUACGUUGGUCUUAUACUUGUUUGUGUCUCAUUAUUUAUUCAAGUUAUAAAUGCAUGUAUAUUGGUUUUAUUGGGUACUGAUGAUAUAUCAAAAGAACGACGACAACAUCGUUUAGUAUUAUUAAAUAAUUUUUCACUUAUAUUAUCUGUUAUUUUAGCUAUUGUAAAUGUUGUUCUUAAUGUAAUUGUUGCUGUUGAUCCACAAAUUCUAUCACAAGCACUGAAUGGUACUAAAUCAGUUUAA